AUUCAUAGCCUCUGUAUUUCUUUUCAGAAGACCUCCAGUGAGAAAAUGGCAAUGAAAAAUGAAACAUGGCUGACUGAGUUUAUCCUCACUGGACUCCCACAUCAAACAGAGUGGCAAAUCCUCCUGUUUAUCCUGUUCUUGGGAAUAUACCUCAUCACCAUUGUGGGGAACCUGGGUCUUAUUACUCUCAUCAGGAAUGACUCUAAUUUUCACAUACUCAUGUAUUUUUUCCUUGGGAAUUUAGCCUUUGUAGAUGCUUGGUUAUCAUCCAUUGUGACACCAAAAAUGCUGGUGAACUUCUUAACCAUGAGUAAGAUACCUUUCUCUGAAUGCAUGAUACAAUUUUUCUCUUUUGUAAUCAGUGCAAUCACAGAAUGUUUUCUGUUGGCAGCAAUGGCUUAUGAUCGCUAUGUAGCUAUAUGCAAGCCUCUAAUUUACCCAGUGAUUAUGACCAAUAGACUAUGUUCCCAGCUAUUAGUUUUAUCAUUUGUAGGUGGCUUUCUUCAUGCCUUAAUUCAUGAAAGUUUUUUAUUCAGAUUAACCUUCUGUAAUUCCAACAUAAUACAUCACUUUUAUUGUGAUGUCCUACCAUUGUUUAAGAUUUCUUGUACAGACCCUUCUCUUAAUUAUCUCCUUGUGUUCAUUUUCUCUGGUUCAAUACAAGUAUUCAGUAUUGUGACUAUUCUUCUUUCUUAUACAUUUGUUCUCUUUACAAUUUUAAAAAAGAAAUCUGAAAAGAGUGCAAGCAAAGCCUUCUCCACCUGUGGGGCCCAUCUCUUUUCUGUAACUUUACACUAUGUCCCCUCUUUCUUUAUGUAUGUGCAUCCAACAUCAUCAGAAGAAAAUGAUCAGGAAAUGAUCUCUCUAUUUUAUGCUGUCAUAAUCCCAGUGAUAAAUCCAUUUAUCUACAGCCUGAGAAACAGGCAAAUCACAGAUUCACUGAGAAAGGCAUUGAAGAAAAAUGCUUAG